CGCGUGGCACCUGGACGCGCCGGGGGUCGUCAUCAGGCGGCCCUGGAGACGGGCGUGCAAGGCCGUCCUUGCACGAUUCUCGGCCCGUUCGGCUUGGCUGAUGCCCCGAGACGGUCCUUCUUUCCUGGCCGAAAAGCAAAAGAGCCGCGAUCUCGUGGGUGCCGCCCGACAGUGCCGAGAGACGCCAGCGCGCUAUGAGGACAGCUCUGUUGCUCUGCCUGCUCACAGCGGUGGACCGUCGCCAGAGCACGGCGCACCAUCAACCCGCGCCGCAGCCGCCGCGCACUGACUGCCACCACCAGUACUGGCUGUACCAGCCGGCGUCCGCCGUGGGUGGCUUCCAGUACCCUCACUCGGGGCACCAUGGCUACCACCAGCCUCACGGCUACCCAUACAUGCCCGGCUAUCAGCAGGGCUACCCCGACGGCCGCUACCCAGUCAUUCCACUGCCUCCACCCCCACCUCCACCGCCACCGCCGCCCCCUCCGUCGCUGCCCUAUCCAGGACCCUGGGUCCCAUCAUACCCGAGGCAACCGACACCGAAAAAUUUGGACCCAUUCCCGGGCAAAUUUCUUGGCAUGGGCACGGUGCGUUACCUGAACGGAGGACGCGACGUCGAGCUAGUCUGCGACCUGCACGGAGAUCAGCUGGUCUCGAACGUGGUGUGGGUGAAGGCGACGCUUCCGCGGGGCCAGCCGCCGGUCGCGUGGCGUCCUCCACUGCCCAGCUGCGGGCCGUGCUUCUGCCCUGUGCAGUACGGCUGCGUCUACCAGCAUCUGGACCUGGCCGACCGGAAAUUCUUCGCCGACUCGAGAGGACACCACGCCUCGCUGCACAUCUACGGGGUGUCGCCGACAGACUACGGUGUCUACCGCUGCAGUGCCACCAGCUCGCCUACCGGGUCCGCUGCGGCCAACACCGAGACGGUCUACCAGAUCGUCCAUUUCACCGGCUAGAAAGCCGCCGCCGGCGCGACGUGGAAAUCGAACGCAUCGCCGCGCCCGUGUGCGCACUGUCGCGCACUGUCGCGCAAUGGGAUUAAGAUGUCUCGCAGCGGCGCAAACCAACAAACAAAACAAACCAACAAAUUACUAGCUAUUCUUACCCAUUUUUAUUGCGCCUAAAACGGGUAUAUCUUCGACCACAUUACAAAUUGCUAAGAAAUUGAGGAAAAAAAAAUACUUUCACUGUGGGAGUGCCCACACGGGAGCCUCGUCCGGAGUCUUUUCUACACAAGCCGAAACACCUUUGCACUUUACCUCUCUCUCUAUCUCUUUCUUUUAAAUGUGACCAGCGUUUAACAUGUUGUUAUUAUGUUUCAACCCAUAAAACCCAGUUCGAAAAGCGAUUCGCGAAAGCAGGACCGCCCGCUCGUUGCAGAGGCGCAUCUGCGGGUUGGCGAAUGCAGGCGCGAAACGGACCGGUCGCAUUUGCAGUCGUGUGAUUUGAAGUUUAGUUUUCUCAACAGAUUAGCCCUCAAUGCGUUGACUCUUGAGAAACGUGGGGAAUGCCGAAUCAGCAGCAUGGGUUUAGCAGACUCGAGGCACUUUCGCUACCUCUACUAGUUUGAAGGUCGUGCGAGCCAUCACUAUAUCGUCCAUUCUUAAGCGUUCCUUCAUCUGGUGGCUCUCGAUGGCGGCAAAAUGCAAAAACCCGUCCUGUACUUAUAUUUAGGUACACUUUAACGAAGCCCAGGUGGUCAAAAUUAAUCCGGCAUUCCCCAGUAUGGUGUGCCUCAUGAUCAGAUCGUGAUUUUUGCACGUAAAAUACCAGGAUUUAACUUUUGAUCUGCGACAUAUUUAAUAUACUCAAUAAGGACCUGCUUAAUAGUUCUCGCAUAAUUUUCACGCGCUAUGGACGAAUCGUGGUCGUCGGAAAAAUUUGUCCUAUUACUUCCCGUUCUCAGGCAGCCUCUCCAAACAAUUAGGCACUGUCGUUUUAAAUGUCGUAAGGCAUUUAGUUUGUGAAUUCAUUCUUUGUAUUUCCAUACAGUUUCAUCGAUGGCUUGACUCUCAAUUGAAGUUAAUCAAAUAUGAAUUUUUAUUCGGACAAUAGGAACUAAACACAUGUCUAGGGAAUCAGCAAAAAGGCAAUGAAACGUCUAAUACCCACCCAUCAACCUAAAUUUCCCUUGACACAGUGCUCGAUAUGCACCAUAACAAUUAAGGCAGUACAAAGAAACAACAACAAUGUUUUUAGUGCGUAGCAAAAUAAGAAAUUAUAAUUCUAAAGUUUAUAACCGAUAAUUUUCAGAACAGCGAUUUGGAAAACGAGCAUUAGUACAUAUGAAAGUGUGCACACGAAGUACAUAGUGGAAGCGAAGCAAACGUGUGUCUGGAAUUCGUGACUGAAAAUUUCCCGCGAACAAACAUAAGUAGCCCAUUCAAACAGCAACCAAAACGGUAUGUUGAGCUGCCUUUAAUAUGGCAAAUCAGUUCUGCGGAAUUCCACAAGGUGGGGGAAGGCUCACGAAAGGAAAAAUUGACAUCUACCCGUAAGUAGCACGAAGAUACAAAGGAAACCCACACGGCCGGGUUUCUCAGAAACAAAGCUUCGUAGUCGAAGAAAAAUUAGUCCUCGUCCUGAGCUACUUCUGAGUUGAUAAUAAGCAGCAGUAUAUUCUCUUAAUUCAUGAAGGACAGACUUGAGACCCACUUUUCAAUUACGGAAGUCGAGGCAUGUUGGUUUAAAAAAUUCAGGAACUGAUCUCGCCAACUCCGUGCAGGCGUGAGCCGACGAGAAAAGAGGAGCUAGAAUAAGGGCUUUCCACUGUCCGCCCCUGAUGCGCGGCAACGGAGUCGAAUCUUGGGAAGCAGAGAGCGCCAAAAACGGAACGAAACAAGAAGCCGCAAGACAUUGCGCUGUUUUGCGCGCUUCUUGUUCUAUCCCGUUUUUAGCGCUGUUUGCAUCCAAAUCACGUACCCUCUAGCUCGCCUAGCCGCGUUGUUGAAUCGAUGCGUCACGGAAGAAUUACUUGGUACGCAAUGGGUGAGCCUUCCGUCUCCUUCCUCUGGAUUAGGCAAGCGGCUCUCGUUUCUGAUUGGCUGACACGAGCACUAGCCUUCGCUGCUCUGCGCGGAGUUUGCGAGACGGAGCAUAGCUUCUGGAUGCCAUAAUUUGUACGUUGUUGUUGUGUGUGUUUUUUUUCCUUUUUGUAGACUUGCGUCAUUUAGGUAAUGACUGUGGUCUUGCCGAAAAUACUUUCUACAAAAUAAACUGCAGGAAUGCAUUUGAUUUGCUGAUAUGUACCAAAUGCUUUUUCUUCGUGAUGUUUGUAACCGUUAGUAUCUUUUUAUUUAUUUUUUUAAGUAGGAGCCGUAUGAUAGCGGCACGCCUCUCCUUCAAUCAACAGAACAGCUCUUUUUUGUAGUACGCGAAUGCUUCUGUCUUAGCUUUCAUUGUAAAACACAAUAUUGUAAAUGUGAGUGGAUUCAGUUGCUUUUUUUACUCACUGUGGAAGCAUGAUUCUUAAUUUGCGAACAGUACUGAUAGAACACUAAGUGUUAGUAUAGACAUAUUUGGUGUCGACAGACCAACAUGAGAUUUCAUGAAAUUUGACGUCAUUUAUGCGAUAUGGCAUGGUUAACAGAUUGCCCAUUGAAUUGGACAAAAGCCUCCUGCUCAAUUGGAUUAUUAUGUGUUGAAAAGCAAUGUAUACUUUGUCUUUCUAGCAGCUAAUUCUAAUGUAUUUGUCCUGACAAAUAAAAAUAAAUACAAAAAUAAAAUAAAUAGUAAAUAAUAAAAAUGUGCUGUCAGCAUAUAGAAUGUUCUCGGGCGUAUGUAGUAUGUUUGCAACGUCGUUUAUGUCAACGAGAACAUGUAACGCGCCUAGGAUUGAAUCCUGUGGCGCAUCGCGUAUCUAAGCCAUAUUUCUUGCGUUAGGUUUAACGGUGGUAAUAACUGGUGUUUUGCAAAUGACUUUCAACGUAGCUCCUUACAAAUUUCUAAAUAUUCCCUCAGAUACCACACUUCCACAGUUACGGUAUUAAAAUAUCAUGAUUUACUGAAACAAAGGCCUUCUUGAAGUCUAGAAAGAUUCCUACCGCCAGAAACUUACGCUGGAAAUAUUGAAUCAUGUUAUGUUUUAUAUCAAGUAAGGCCAUCUCGGUCAAUUUUUAAUUUUAUGUGCGUGUGUGUGUGUCUUCUGAAAACCGUACUGACGUUUUAUAACCGUCUUGUUUGCCCGAAGGAAAUUUCGAAGUAGUGUAUUUAUUAUCUUCUUCUAUCACUUUUGAAAGUAAUGGCAAAAAUAGACAGACCUAGCUACGUAUAGAUAUUGAUGUCAUUUUUAUCACCGCCCUUAAAAAUGACAGAUACCUGUACAACCUUCAAUUGACCAAGGACUGUGCCAAAAUUUAGUAUCAAGUUGCGCAUAUGGGCAGAGUAACCAGUUGGGCUUGUUGGUUGAACAUAGUGGAAAGCAACAGCGCGGGAACCGACGGAGAUUAAGGAGGCACACAAUGUACACAGACGCAGCGCUGACUUUCAAAGAAAUAAAUAUGCGACAGCGGCCUGCUAAUAGUGUGGGCCAUAUUCAGACGCGUUCAAUGUAUUGCAGCUUGCUCGUGGACAUGCACAGUGGUGGAAUAGGACACAUAUCUACACAGCGCUAACUUCCAACAACGCUUUGCUUCCGGGAAACAGUGACACACAUGUCUUGAAUGAGCGACUCAGGAAGCACACACAAAUCGUCUCCGGAUGGUUUUCUUGGUGUUCAUUGACGCAAGUGCUGUGCUCUUCGAUUUUAAGAUGCGGUUAUCCGAGCAAGAAAAGCAAGUGUGGGUUGAUCGAAGCACCUAAUCAUUGUAUGUGCCUACAUGGAGACAUGCUGUGAUGCGUGCGCUAGGAACGAAGACAUCAUUUUUCACUAUCAAAGAAAGAUACAGAUUUUUUUUUACGCUUGCGUUCGGAGUACACGACAAUAAUAGUGACAUUUUUUACAUUGUAUUUAAUAUUAGCGUUUAUUUGGUAUCCCCAAGUCUGAACACGUGUUCUGUGAUGUGACGACCACGUGCGAUGGCGCGGUGAACGCUGUUAUGGGUGUGCUCACGCAUCACUUGUUCUUCCUUUUCUUCUCACUUUCCUUCUUUCUUUUCUGCUCUCUUCCCCUCCCCCAGGGUAGGGUAGCAAAGUAGGUGUAACCUGGUUAACUCCUUGCCUUUCCUUUUAUUUCUUUCUCUGUGACGUCACGUGCGGGAUCUACAGUCGGAGUGAAAAAUUUACAGAUCACGGGAUCGGAGAAAAAGCUGAAUGUUUCCACAACCUGAGCACGCAGCCUGGUAUUUGGAUGCAUCCACCCUGUACUAAGCCCUGUAUACUAUAUGCGAACAACAUAGUGUUUUUUUUGUUUUUUUUUUUUUUUUUUUUUUUUUUACUGGCUAUGGUCUCAAACUGGUCGGCAAUUCAACGUUUCUCGGAUUCCACGGUCCGGACAACUUUUGAUGCCGACUGUGCGAGUGUCGCUGUUUACCAGAAAUAAAACAUUGUUGCAAGUUAGCGCUGUGUGUGCGCUCUGUUCCUCCUUUGUUUCCGUCUGCUAGUUGCGCUACAGUGAAGGUCUUCGUGACAGACACACCGACAAUCCCAGAUUACAAGCUUGCUCGACGGCCUCAUUCGUCUGCGGUUUUAGUUAAUAUGCGAUGUUAUUGUUUAAUCUUAGCAGCAGAGUGUGCGUUUAUGAUGCUGCCAUAAAUGAAUGAUCCGACGCUACCAGAUGUGUAUUAAGUGCAACUACUCCUACUGAGGACCGCAGUCGUUGAAACACCAGCAAAGUUAGGCGCCUGAGCAUGGUACAUCCUCGAUUAUGAACUUUGGAAUAUCUGGCCUCUCCUUACCAUAAGCUCGGUAACACAUGUUUCAUGUUUUCCUUUUAUAUUUAGAAAUACUGGUUAUCUUGCUUUAAUGUUAUAAAUUAUGUGUGUGCUUAAUAUUGGAAUACAAUUUGUUUCUUAUCUUUGUAUAUUCGACAGACAGAUUUUUUAAAUAUAUGGAACAAAAAACUUAUCACGCUGUUUCAUCCUU